UAAUUUUAAUUUGUUGCAAGUAAAAAGAUACUGUUACUACCAGUAAUACACUUAAAUCAGGAUAUGAAAAUAGCUCAAAAUUAAGUUAGAUACUGGUUAUUUAUUGAAAUUAGACUACAGUGUCAGUGGUUAUUUUCUAAUGCAAGUAAAAUUUGUUUAAUAAUUAAAUAUGAAAGAGGCAUAUGAUAAUUUUCAACAAGUUCUGGUUUUAGUAUUUCAAGGGGAUGAAUAUGGUUAUAGUCGUUACAUUUUCAAAUUGUUGAAUAUUUCCUGGGACCACAGCCAGGUGCAAAAAAUACAUGCUUUAAAAUCAUGAGGCAUUCGUUAGUGCUAUUUCACUGGUAACCCUGUUACAAUUUCCCUUCUGAAAAGAACUGUGUAAGAGUUUGUUUAAAUAUUUCGACUAAAAUGUUUAUUCAUAUAUCCGUUUUGUUUACUACAACGUAGCACUCCUCUGUUCUGUGCAAUCUUAUCCAGCCAUAUUAAAGUAAAAACAUUACAUUCCAGGCGCGUAGCUGCCUAUACGCGAGUACGCAGCUGAAUCCACAUUAUUUUGACAACAAAUUUUUUUUUAGUAAAAAAAAUGUGGUUUGAAAUUCAGCCGCGUUCGCCAGAUCUGAUAAUUACCACACUGAAUACUUUAUAAAUCAUAUAGCCUAAAUCGUACACCAUACCGUAGUAUUUUUUUGAAAAGUUGUCGGCCUUUGCAGCUCUUCAAAGUCGGAAGUUUGCACGCGCCGUAUUUUCGAAAUGUAAACAAAUGUUUACAUCGAGUUCUUAAAAAAGUCAUCAGCAGAAUCAGCGAUAGAAAAGAGGUAAUUAUAACUAAAAUGUUACUAUGUAUGCCUAGUGUUUAUUUGUUUCGGUCUGUUUGUUGAGUAAUGACAUGUUUGACCAUGUCUGUGAACCGAUUCUAGCGAGACUGACAACAUUUUGAACUAACCAACCUUAAUCAGUGAAUUCAUGAUGCAAAUGUGAAAAAUUCUGGUGCAUUUGUCGUAUUAGUUACUCUGCAUUUUUGAAAUAGUUCCUUCUUGGUAGAUUAGUUAUAUUGAUACAUGGAAUUUUUAUGAAAAAAACAUUUCUGGUAAACACAACGCUCGUCAUUUUUUUCAUCUACGGAAGCGCAUAAAGGUCAAAAGUAUUCCGAUUUCAUACAUGUACGGAGCCACAAUUUAUUCUUCCAGGUUCUAAUUACGCAAGAAAUAUGGCACAGAAGAGAAUUGACAGCUUCUUCAGCGUAGGUCCAAAAACUGGGCUGUCUGAAAAAGGCACCGAUGCAACCGAGCCUAGUACAUCGCCCGGUACGUCUGGUGUGAAGGAGGGUCCUGAACCUAUGACUUUAGAUAAAGAUGAGCUCGUGGGGAUUGCGUACAGUCCCGAUGACUUGUAUCCUGAUCCAGCAAGGUUAACAAAGGCUUCAGAUGACUCGAUAAAAGUGAAAGUGCUGCAAAACAACAAAGAAUGGGCCAAAACUUUUAAGUUUCCGUCAAGGUAAACUGAUUCUGAUUCAUUUGAUUUAAAGAUGUGAAGUUAUAACGGUUGCAGAUCAAUAGAAAAUUGUAGUUUAGUCAACCAGUAUUGUAUAGAAAAAUACCGUUAAAAUCUCUAAACACAGUCCCGAGGUCUCAAAAUCGAUGGUUUAUGUUGAGGUCUUUUUGUGAGUGGUACAUGUGGGAAAAUAGACGCAAGCCCGUCUCUUACCACUCGAUUGUAAACCCAUAUUAAUAUACUGCUUCUUCCACUUGUUCGAUGUUUGGUUCCAUUAUAAUUAUAUUAGCGCGCUAAUGACAUGUUUACUAUAUAAUUAAGACGAAUAAAGUAUAGUGAAUAUACUCAUAUAUCUGAUAACGUUAUUGAAGUACCAGUAUCAUAAGUAUACUAGUAAGAUACUAGAUAUAUACUAUUAAAAUGGAAUCAUUUGCUUCCCUGCUUUCCGGAUUUCUACGUAUUUGGUUGCAAAAUUGUUCCAUUUCAAGUUCGUACACUAUUUCUUUAUUUUAUUAUUUCAGUAUUGAGUAUGGAACGAAGCGUCAGUUCUCGGUAGAUUGGCUAGAGAAGUAUGACUGGCUUCGAUAUUCAGUUUCCGAGAAUUCAGUGUAUUGUGCUCCCUGUAUUUUGUUUGGUGCUUCAUCUCCAAAGGAGAAAACAUUCAUCAAUACCCCAGUAUCAAAAUGGUCUAACCUUGGAAAGUACAUCAAGAGACAUACCGAGCCUGGUUCGAGUCAUCAUAGCUGCUGCGCUAGUGCUAGUAGUUUUAUGAAAAUCAUCGAAGGGAAACAAGCAAGCAUUACAGCACAACUGUCGAGAAACAAAGUCGAAACUGUUGCUAAAAAUAGACAGGUGCUUAGAUCUGUUAUAGAGGUCAUCAUUCUGUGCGGUCGACAAAAUAUUCCACUUAGAGGUCAUGAUGACAACAAUAGUAACUUUACUGUCCUGUUGAAAGACAAGGCCAACAGGGAUGAAAUCCUGAAAACACACCUGUCCUCUAAAUCUAAGGUUACUUACACUUCGCCUAUGAUCCAAAAUGAAUUAAUCACUUUGUUGGGAAAUAACAUAAAAGGCAAGAUAGUUCAGCAGUGCAACGAUGCUAUUUGUUAUUCAUUUCUUGCAGAUGAAGCUACUGACGCGAGCACUAUGGAACAAAUUGCUAUGUGUGUAAGAUAUUAUUCUGAAACUGAACAGGACGUGCGUGAAGACUUUGUGGGAUUUGUGCAAGCAGAAUCUACAACAGGAGAGGCUCUUUUUAACAAGUUUAUUGAGGGGCAGCGGGACGCAGGAUUAGACAUCUCCAAGAUGAGGGGACAAGGGUAUGAUGGGGCCAGUAAUAUGUCUGGUUGUCAUCGAGGUGUGCAAGCUCGGGUCCAGCAAGUAGUUCCCCAAGCAAUGUAUGUGCACUGCAAAGCCCAUAGCCUUAAUUUGUCAAUUGUGCAUGCCUGUAAAGAGGCACUCGUCAGAAACUUGUUGGACACAGUACAACAAAUCGGAUUUGCUUUCAAGUACUCUGCCAAACGUCUUUUAGCUUUCAAAGAGGAGCUUGGCAACGAUCCCGUGGCACAGGAAGAGAUGCAGAAGAGAACACGUCUUCAAAGUCUGUGUGAGACGCGAUGGGCUAGUCGGGCUGACGCACUUUACACUUUCAAAGCUGCAUACACAUCAAUUGUAAGUGCACUGGAGGUGCUAGAACGAGAGGGAGACUCAAAAGCACGGAGCUACAGAUGCAGUAUCCUUGGGUUCGACUUCAUCAUCUCUCUAGUUGUGGUUGAAUUCGUCCUCCAGGGUGUUAUGCCUCUAAACAAGCUGCUACAGAAGCAGAAUAUCGACUUGAUCGAAGCAGCCAAGGAGAGUCGAGUUCUUAUAGCCACAUUUCGUGCAGAGAGAGCCGAUGAUGCUGUGUGGGAUGGGCUUUACGACAAAGCAGUUGCCAUGGCAGAAGACCAAGGAGUCGAGCCUUCAAAGCCUAGAACAGCUCGACGCCAACAGCACCGUGGCAACGUGCCUGCCGACUCUGUUUCGGAAUACUGGAAAAGAGCAUUGUUCUAUCCAUUUCUUGAUCAUCUAGUUGUGGAACUAGAAGACCGUCUUGUAUCCAGCAAUGAGAGGUUUAAGGCUCAAUAUCUCAUCCCAAGCCUUCUUCCUGAGCUCAGCCGAGAUCACGAGGAUUCCAUCUUCCAGGAGUAUGAGAGUGACCUCAGUGGGGAUCGGGAAGCCUUCCGAAAUGAGGUUUCUCGAUGGAAAGUAAGAUGGGAGCUGGAGGGGACAAAACCCUCAAAUCUUACUGACACAUUGAAGGCUACGAACAAGACUCUGUAUCCAGACAUCUUCACCUGUCUAGUUGUACUAAUUACGAUGCCAGUGUCUACCGCUACCGCCGAGAGGCAGUUUAGUAUCAUGAGACGCCUGAAAAACUACAUGAGAUCAACGAUGCUCACAGAACGGAUGUCUGGACUAGCCCUGUUGCACGCCUACAGACACAUGGAAAUAGAUAUUGAUAUUAUCAUUAACGAGUUUGCGGCCAGCAAAGGCCGCAAGUUAGACUUGCUGUGAAAUGUAGACUAGUUGAAAUAAACGAAAGUAAAGCUAUUCAUCUCCAUUUUUAUGCUAAAAUAAAUGGAUUUUCGUUGGUCAAGAAAGCUCUCCGGAGGCCCCAAAACGCACCAAAUUGCACCAUUUAUUUCAAAAUUUUCAGGGGGGGCAUGCCCCCUGACCCCCCCUAGAUUAUUUUGAAUCCACAUUCUUUAUAGGCUAGCUACGCGCCUGCAUUCUUUACAUUGAAGUGCUUGAUGUAGCAUUUUAAUAUACAGCCAAUCCCUGAAAUAGGUUAACCACAUACGCUAGUACCCUUAGUCUUUGUAUUUUACUUCCGAGGUGGGGUUCAAAAUAUUUUUAACAAUCACUUUACAUAAUAAAUCUAUAA